GACAGACGGAGGAGGAGGGGGCGGGGCCUUGUAUCGGAGCCUUAUAUUGGAGCGUAGAAGAAGACAGACGCUCUGGAGGAAACAUGGCGUUCAUCACAGCAAACUGGAACCCGCUGGGAGAAGCUUUCUAUCGGAAGUGUGACCUGUAUGACAUGUGUUGGACUCUGGGGGACGGACUGAAGGACAGUUUGGUGGCGGCCGCGCCCUACGGAGGACCCAUAGCUGUCCUCAGAGAACCUCUCAGACGUCCCCCCAGCUCUCGUCCUCAGUUAGAGAUUUACUCUGCCUCUGGAGUCGCCAUCGCCAGCUUCCCUUGGAAGAGUGGUCCCGUGGUCCAGCUGGGUUGGACGGUCAGCGAUGAGUUGCUGUGUGUCCAGGAGGACGGAUCAGUUCUGAUCUAUGAUCUGUUUGGAUCCUUUAAGAGACACUUCAGCAUGGGACAGGAAGUCGUUCAGAGUCAGGUGGUCCAGGCCAAGGUGUUCCACUCUCCCUAUGGGACGGGAAUCGCCAUAGUAACAGGCUCCUCCCGCUUCACCCUGGCAACCAACAUAGACGACCUGAAGCUCCGCCGGUUACCGGAGGUCCCAGGUCUUCAGGGCAAGCCGUCCUGCUGGGUCGUCCUCACUCAGGACAGACAGACCAAAGUCCUGCUGUCCAACGGACCCGAACUCUUCAUCUUGGACAACACGUCUUGCACCGCUGUGUGUCCUCCAGGUCUCAGUCCUCAGGCUGGCAGCAUCGUCCACAUGGCCGUGUCCUUCAGCUAUAAAUACCUGGCUCUCUUCACUGACACUGGACACCUGUGGACAGGCUCCUCCCACCUCCAGGAGAAACUGAGUGGAGUGGACACCAAGAAGACGACCCCCCCGAAACAGAUGGUCUGGUGUCGCAGACCAAAGAGUCAGCAGGCCUCUGUGGUGCUGAUGUGGGACAGACUGCUCCUGGUGGCCGGAGUCUGUAACGACACCAUCCAGUUCCCCAUUGACGAUGACUGUGUGUUGGUGGGAGAACUGGACGGAGUCCGGAUCAUCACCUCCACCCAUCAGGAGCUGCUGCAGGAGGUUCCUCUGGUCUGUCAGGACAUCUUCAAGAUCGCCUCCAUGGCUCCUGGAGCUCUGCUGCUUGAGGCCCACCGAGAGUACGAGAAGUCGAGUCAGAAGGCCGAUGAGUAUCUGAGGGAAAUCAAAGAGCAAAGCAUGCUGGGAGAAGCAGUCCAACAGUGUGUGGAGGCGGCAGGUCACGAGUACGACACCAACACCCAGAAGUCCCUGAUGAGGGCGGCGUCCUUUGGCAAAUGUUUCCUGACCGACUUCAGCCCAGAUCAGUUUGUGACGACCUGCAGAGAACUACGAGUCCUGAACGCUGUCCGAGACAGCAGCGUUGGACUACCACUCACUCAUACUCAAUUUAAACAGAUGACUCUACAGGUGUUGAUUGACAGGCUGGUAUAUCGACAGUUUUAUCCGUUAGCGAUUGAAAUCUGUCGUUACCUGAAGAUUCCUGAUUAUCAAGGAGUCAGUCGAGUCCUCAAGCACUGGGCAUCAUGCAAGGUGCAGCAGAAGGACCUAUCAGACGAGGCCAUAGCUCGAGCAGUGUGCCUCAAGGUGGGAGAUUCUCCAGGUGUCUCGUACUCACACAUCGCAGCUAAGGCUCAUGAAUGUGGACGUCCUGAACUCGCCAUCAAGCUUCUGGAUUUCGAGGCUCGGUCCGGAGAACAAGUUCCUCUGUUGCUGAAGAUGAAGAGGAGUCAGUUGGCUCUGAGCAAAGCUGUGGACAGCGGAGACACUGACCUAGUUUACACAGUGGUGAGUUUCCUGAAGAACGAGAUGAACCGAGGAGACUUCUUCAUGACCCUGAGGAACCAACCAGUGGCUCUGAGCCUCUACAGACAGUUCUGUAAACUACAAGAACAGGACACCUUGAAGGAUCUCUACAACCAGGACGACGACCACCAGGAACUGGCCAACUACUACGUCAGUGCCAGUUACAGAGAGAAGAGGUUAGAGAGUCGCCUGUCUGUCCUGCAGACGGCUGUGGACGAGUUCAACAAGGCCAAGAAUGAGUUUGCUGCCAAGGCUACAGAGGACGAGAUGCGUCUCCUUCGGUUUCAGCGAAAGCUUGAUGACGAGAAAGGGGCGGGCCUUCUGGGACUGUCUCUACAGGCCACCAUGGAGGCUCUGUUGACUCUUGGACUUCACAAACAGGCCGAGCAACUUUACAGAGACUUCAAGGUCCCAGACAAAAGGUACUGGUGGUUGAAGCUGAAGUCUCUGGCAGAGAAGGAGGAGUGGGAGGAGCUAGAGAAGUUCUCAAAGAGCAAAAAGUCUCCCAUUGGUUACCUGGCUUUUGUGGAAGUUUGCAUUAAGUGUAACAACAAGUACGAAGCCAAGAAAUACGUUUCCAAGGUGACGCCUGAGCAGAAGGUCAAAGCUCACCUGGCCGUUGGGGACAUGGAGGGGGCGGCAGACGCUGCCAUCGAGCGAAGAAACGACUCGGAAAUGGCGGCUGUUCUCUCCAGGUGUUCCACCUCCGACCGCCUCUUGAUUGACAGGUUGAACCGAGCCCGAACAGCUGCUGCCAAAAAGUGAUCCUGUGUUACCACGGCAACAGCCUCCUCUUAAGCCGUUACCAUGGCGACGGGUUAUCAUAUGACUGUUACAGACGUUCCUGACUGAGGUCAGUUCUGGUUUGACCACGAGGAGACGACACAUCAAUAAUCAGUCACUGAAGAGACCGUAAACCAGGGGCGUCCAGCUCACUUUAGUUCAGGGGACACAUUGAGUCCAGUUUGAUCUCAACUGGACCGGAUCAGUAACACAACACGAUGAUAACCUACACGUAACAACAACUACACACUUGUUUUAGUGCAAAGAAGAACAAGUAAAUUAGGAGAAUGUUUACAUUUAAUAAAACAUCCUUUGAAAUAAUGAAAUGUCUUAAUGCAGAGUAAUCUGGUCCUGGGUCUUGUCUGGUCCUGGGUCUAGUCUGGUCC